GUACAGGCCGCAACUCAACAUUAUCGUCACACAGACAACGUCACGUCCCUACCUCAUACAAAAGCCUGGUUUUCUGUUUGGCUUCCAACACGUCAAAGGAGGUCACCCUCCUUUCUCCCACACGCGUCGCCAAACGUCGUCUCCCACGCCCCCGCACGGUCCUCUUCGACAUAUCUCGACCACGACCUCGCGACCCAAGCUCUCUGCUCAGACCUCUGGCGCAAAAUUUCCAUUUCGCUUUCAGGAACUUGUCCAACCUCCCCCUCUCAGCGGCGUCUCCUUUGCCACUCAUCCGUUCGUCGAUUCGCCAUAUUAGAGUGCCUCCAAAUCUCCGGUCUCGUCUGAUUGCAACCUUGUCUAGACGUCUCCAACAUCGAGCUACCUUCCCUCUUCGAUAUCUACCUUGAAAUCAUUCCCAACCAUGGCAACUGCAGCAACUUCAUGGCCGCAAUCCGCCAUUGCGCCCCAGCAAGCUUCUUGCUCACGGUCAAAUUCUAGCGCAAGGUCGUCAUCGAGGAAAACCUCGCGCGGAGGAGACUAUUGUGACCGGUUCUACGGGCAUCAAGAGCUCGCCGAACUGUGCGAACGUGUCAUUUCUGCGCUUUUCGCAUGCCCGCUCGACUCGACGUCGUCAUGCACCAGUUCAUCCAGCUCUCAGCGCGUUGCUCCUCGUCUCUCCGAAUUCAUCGCAUACGCUCUGCACCGCACUCGACUUCCGCUGGCGGUCACGCAUCAGGCGCUAUUCCUUCUCAAACGCCUGAAGUCGAGAUUCCCCGCAGCGAGGGGUUCGUCCGGACAUCGGCUUUUCAUUUCAGCCUUGAUGCUUGCCAGCAAAUCCAGCUGUGACGACACUUACAGCAACAAGAGCUGGACCAUCGUCGGACAAGGCCUUUUUAGCCUUCGCGAGGUCAACCAGAUGGAGCGCGAGCUCUUUGGCUACCUUGGAUACAAAGUGAAUGUUGAGAAUGAGGAUUUGGUGGAGUUCGUUCAGGCCCUCGACGAAGGAGUCAUUCCCAUGCCCUCCCCGCCAGCUCCAACGGUUGCACCCGUCGCACCUGCUCCCACAGCAAACCCUACAGAGCAACAAGAAACGGCACUACCUCCACACCAUUCGAGCGCGUCCGCUUCGACCGUACGACACGGCCGCGCGAGCAUCGCAGGCUACCCUGUGGGGCCGGCCACCUGCUCGGCAGCCGUGGGACACGCCAGCGCUCCAACGGGCGCAGCUCCACACCUCACGCGGAGCCAAAGCGUCUCUGGUCGUCAAAGCUACCGAUCACAUUCGGCCGCCCCCACUCAUCACUAUCAGCAACAAUCACCGUUCGACGCGCGAGAAUCGUCGCGACCGUACACGACGCCAACUCACAACGUCUCGCUGUCGGCCGCAGCAGCGGCAGCGGCGCACACAGCUGCUUUCUACAGUCAUGUCGCACCGUCAGCUGCAUCGUUGGCGUCCUCAAGAGGCAGCAUCUCGUCUUCCAGUGGUUCUUCAGAAGGAUAUGACAGCACAUGCAUGACACCCGGUUCCUGCGGUGACUCGGCGUAUUCUUCCAGCGGUCGUACCACUCCAGACACCCCACCAUCCGAAGUAGGCGGCAGCCCGUGGAUGAACGACAAGGCUCACCUGUAUUGGGAUCAAUCAGGCGAGCCAGCAGGCACGUACGACAGCCACGUUAAGCAGUACCACGAUGGACAGACUUACGACAGUCAAAACGCAGCCUCAGUAGACCAUCCUUAUGUUGCCCGUGGCGGUGCCCCUAGCGGACAUCCUUACACCACUUGGUGACCACCUGCUCGCACUGUCUCUCCCGCAAUCCUCUUGCCGCCUUCCUCGCCGCUUCGAACAAUGCGUCUCGUACACCAUCCGCCAAAAGGAAGCCUCUGAAAAG